AAACCAUCAUCUACUUCUUUUGCCAGUUUAUUUUCUUCUAUAUUCUCAAUGGCAAAACGAAGGACGGGAUUCCGUUUUCAGCUCCCAUGGCUACCAGCAGCACCAGCUCGUUCACUUCUUCGCCCUACAACUACAACUCCAGUCCCUACCCAACCCACCACCACAACUGCCUCCACCCAACCACCCCCCACAGCUUCAGCUCAAAGGCCUGCAGAGUUAGCCCCGGUACAACCCCCUCCACAAGCUCAACCAUCAACAAGAACCGAGUCUCAGCCGCCUUCACCGGCUCGUGCAGGGGCUCAGUCCAGAGUCACUUCUCAACCCUCAUCACCAUCUCGUCCAGGAACACAGUCUGGUGCUACCGCUCAACCCUCGUCACCAUCUCGUGCAACUCCUGAACCUCGACUUGCAUCUCAGCACUCGUCUCCUCGCACAGUUUCCCAGACUCAACCAACAUCACAAACAGCCCCUCAGCCUCGAUCUCCAUCCCGUUUGGCCUCUCAACCUGCAGGCCAAACACCCACACCACCUCCAUCAUCGGUAACCACCCAAACGCGGCCAACAGCAGGAGCAGUCCCUCAGCCCCCAUCACCACCAAAAAACUUAGAACCCACAUCUCCAAAGGCCCCUCAAUCGCCUCCCAGCACUACUAAACCACCACCAUCUGCCUCUCUAGAUGAGCCAGUGCCAGCAAAAUCUCAAACAGAAGAAUCAAAAGAGCCUCAGCCAAAUACAGAAAUUACAUCCAACAAUGUUCUCAACUCCCAAAACCAAACACCAGCUGAAAAAACCAUCCAACCUGAAGGGAUGGCACCACAAUCUUCCCAAGUGUCACAACCUAUAGCACCAACUGCACCAACAACAACACCAGCCCCAACCUCAAAACCAGAUUCUUCUAUCAUUACUGCUGAAACUAAGCCCUUUCCCAAAUCAGAUGGAAAGAUUGAGGAAACUGAAAAAAGGCAGGAUGAAGUACAAGAAGUCUCUAUCAUUACUGCUGAAAGAAAGCCCUUUCCUGAAUCAGUUGGAAAGAUUGAGGAAACUAAAAAAAGGCAGGAAGAAGUGCAAGAAGUCGGAAAAGAAGGGAAGACUAAUGGAGCAGUUAUUGAGGAACCAAAGCAGAAGGCAACUACUGAGCCAUUAACUAUAACAUCAAGCUCAAAUGCAGCAGCAGCCAAAGAGCAGCCAAGUGUUGCAUUUCAAGUCGAACAAAAGCAGCCAGAGGAGGAGAUUCUUGACACAAAGGAGACGUCACUCACUGGCUCUGACAAAAAACUAGAGAUCAAGAAUGUGAUUUCAGAUCCGAAGGACAAAAUCACAGUGAGUGAAUCGCGUCAAGAACCAUCUACAAUCAAUGGCGAACAACCUCCUCUGCACAAAGAGAUCAAAGAUGACAGUUCCAAGUUUCUCCAUAAGAUGGCUACUGGCCAAACAAUACAUCCCAUGGAUGACAAAGCUGCUAGUGUCAAAACUCUAUGUGGUGAAAAUAGAGGAGCUUCCAUGCAACGAGGGAGGUCAAAAGAUCCAAGAACCACCAAAGAUCAAGUAACAAAAGCAGAUGUAAACAGCAACACACAAUGUAUCAAUAACUCAAUUGUGUUCAACAGUUCUGUUAUUGAACAAAACCCUGGAGUCCAACUAUUUCUAUCCCACAAUCCACAUCCUGUGAUUCCACUAGGUCUUCCCGGAAAGUUUCGUUGAUUUUCCCGGAAAAUUUCAAUUGCCAAGAAAAGCAAGAUUCUAAUCAUUGGUGGAACUGGUUACAUUGGAAAAUUAAUUGUCGAAGUGAGCGCAAACGCCGGUCACCCCACCUUUGCUAUAUAUAUAUAUGUGGGUGUGGGUGUGUAUAAAUAUGAUGUAUAUAUUUGUGUAUAAAUAUGAUGUAUAUAUUUGUGUAUAAAUAUGAUGUAUUAUUGGUCGGAGUAGCACAAAUUAGGGAUAAAAUGAAAAAAAAAAAAAAUCGGUGUGGACAUGUUCAAAGAUGACUUUUAAAAGAAGAAUGACAUAGUCUAUAUCGAGGGUAAUGUUCGGGCAGAGGAAGACCAAAGUUAACAUAGGCAGAGUUGGUAAAGUAGCAUAUGAUAGCAUGUGAUUGGACUAAGGUUAUAAAUUUAGACAAAGCGGAAUGGAAAUAUAGGAUUCG